AAUGAGAACUGCUUUGUCCUCUGUUUGUGUGAAAGCUGACUAAAUCCUAUACUACAAAGCUUAAACAUUAUUUCCAUAUCAGUCAGGCUACAGCUAGUGCUCAGAUCAUUAAAACGUUUCGACGAAUUAGCAUCAUAAAUAUUCAAAUGCCUUCAGACCUCUCUGGCUAUGUUUGUGUGGUUACAGGAGCUAGUCGUGGUGUCGGCCAAGGUAUAGCUAUCGGCCUUGGUAAAGCAGGAGCUACCGUUUACCUUACUGGAAGAACUCUUUCAGCAGAAAAUGGUAAAGGAGGAGUUAGUCUCCGUGAUACUGCCCAUAUUAUUAAUGCAUCAGGUGGAAAAGCAAUCACUGUUGCUGUGGAUCAUUCUGAUGAUACACAAGUUGCAGGACUAUUUUCUCGUAUUCAUAAAGAACAAUAUGGUCGUUUAGAUAUAUUUGUAAAUUGUGCAUUUAGUGCAACUGAUUAUUUAUUGGAUAAUAAUAAUUCACCAUAUUGGGAAUCUAAACUUCGUCCAAAUGAAGAAUGGGAUUUAAUUAAUCGAGUUGGACUUCGUAAUGCAUAUAUAUGUAAUGUAUUAGCUACACGUAUGAUGAUAAAAUGUCGUGAAGAAUCAAUGGAUUUAACGAAGAAUAAUGAUGAAAAUGUAUAUAAUCAUUCUAAUAGUAUAACAACUUCACUUAUUCAUAAUAAACCAUUACCUACAGGAUUAAUUGUAAACAUUUCUAGUUUCGGUGGAAUUACAAGGAUAUUUAAUGCUGCAUUUUGUGCAGGUAAAUCAUCUUUGGAUCGACUUAGUCAAGAAAUGGCACGGGAUCUGAAAGAACAUAAUGCAAAUAUUAGCAUUAUCAGUAUUAUACCUGGACUUAUACAAACAGAAUCAGUUGUUUCAGCCUAUGAAAGUGGCAAUUCAGUUAAAUUGUUUGGAUAUGAUGCCAGUUUAAGAAUGGAAUCAAACUGGGAUAUGUUCUCGUAUCCGAGUUGAAAGCGAACGCUGGCUACGACCAAUUUACGUUGCUCCACAAGAUCAAGUGAACUGGUAGAUGCAUAUGGAGGCGACCAGAUGUGGAAGCUUAUCUUUUAUAGAUACAGAAAAUAAGUUCCUACCAGUGAAGGUUAUUCACAGUUUUGCUGCAUUAAAUGUUCUUUUAAUCACUGUCAUUAGGCGAUUUUUGAUUACAUCAGAUGUUCGAUCUCCUUUCAAUUCAAGACUUAUAGAGAGGUUUUUCUUGGAGACGGAACAACUUCAUAAUAAAUUCGCUGAAAAAAAGAUCCCUUCGUUGAACUUUAUGUUUGUUUUUUUAAUUUUUAAUGUUUAAAUGAGAAUUAUUUAUCAAUUUUAUUUAGCUAUGCCAGCUCCUAUUCUUGGUGAUGUAAUUGCAUGUUUAGCUCAACAAUCAAAUAAUAAAAAAUUACUUCAAUAUUCUGGCCAUUGUUUAUUUGCUCCUGAUUUAGCUUCAGAAUUUGGUAUAAAAUCAUAUGAUGGUUAUAAUUUUACAAAUUUACGUUCUAUUAAAGGAUUAUUGCAAUUAAUUGGUUGGAAACAUUUAGCUAUUUUAUUUCCAGGAUUUAUUAAAAUCCCUUAUUGGUUAAUUGCUAUAGUGACAUCGAAAUUUUAAAGUAUCCCGUUAUUAGUGAUAGUUUAUCUUUUAGCAUUUAACUCAUUUGAGACUGUCUUUUUCUAUUUACAUAAUGUAUAUGAAAUAGAACUAUAUUCAUCCGUCUACUUAUAUAAUUUAUCAGUAGUAUGAUAAACUUUUGCAAUACUCCUUUUUCACACUUGUAUUUUUUUCUUCAAACAAUAACUUCUUUGUAUUGAUAAACUACAAUCUCUUUUCCUGUGCUAAUAUGGUAUGGCAACUCGAACUGAUGUACGUACGUACGAAGUUCUACGUUGUUACUGACCGACAAUCUCUUUUCAAUUAACGCUAAUAUUCCAUUAUUUAUAAUUGUAUUACUAUUAACAAUACUAUUAUGACUAUUGUUGUUUUACAAUAUAUUCAAAAGGUUUGUAUACACUGUUCAAUGUUUUCAAUAUUUAUAUAUCUAUUGUUCAACUGUGAAAUGAUAAAGGCAGCAAUUUUCUAAUUUCUUUCUGUUAUUCGGUAAAAAAACAGAUUAAUUUACCUCAUUAUUGUCUAUAAUCAUUAUGUGUAUACUUUUUUAGUCUUCAUCAUCCAUCAUCUUCUUUAUAUUGAAUGGUCAUCGUCAUAGAUCUUUUUCACUUCAGAACAAAUUUUUAUUAUAAUCUUGAUGGAAUUUUGUUCUGUGAGCUGGAUGGUUUAGAGCUUUCAUCGUUCUUUUGAACGACAUCAUCGAAUUUCUCCACAUAUGGUUCACAGCUUGUUCUGUAAACUUCGAUGUUGAUUAGUUCUUAUUAUAAUCUUAUAAUUUUCAGUUAACAAUAAUAUCAGUUAUUGCUUAUCAUACACGUUGUUUACGUUUAUUACCUAUUAUCUUACUUGUAUAUGUAUGACAAGUUUUUUUUUUUGUUGUUUACUUUCUAUUGUUCUAUUUCAUUAUCCUUGUGGUUAAGUUUAUAUUAUAUAAAUUUCCGUUAACAAAACAACUAUUACGAAAUAAGUUC